CACAAACAAUGGUCCCUUGUUUAUUAUCACCCUCUUUCAUCAAUGGCAUUUACUUAUUUGCCACUCACCUCUUCUCUCUAUCUCUAUCUUUCCCCCCAUCAGUGUUCAGUACUUUCUCCUACGAUUAUUUCUCUGCUGUUAACCUGCUGAAACGACAUUCAAAGCUCAGCCAUCGAGACCCGGGCUUUAGGGCUUGGGAUUUUUGUUUUUAUUAUAUUUUCUGGUAUCCCGCUUUUUACGUUGUUAAUUUUUCAAAUUUCGUUAACCUCGAAGCUGGGAUAUGGACAUUUCUAUUUGCAGGCUGGAAAUGCAGCUCUCUUAUGGUGGUGGAUUCUGAAACUUGAUUUUGCAGAGUGCAAAAGGAAUUCCCUUGAUUCUUAAUUUUUUAAAAUGAUGGAUGGGCGGCGGCAUUCAGUUGACCUUCCCAUCUCAAAGACUCUUAUAGCGCUUAGGAGAGUAAGGUCUUUGAGGGAUCCAUCAACUAACUCGAUGAGCAAAUUCUCUGCUUUACUAGAAAAUAUGAACUGGGAAUCCAAUUCUAGUAAUGAGUUUUCUUUGCAAUUCAUGAAUGAAUGUCAACAAGGUGGUUCUGAUCAUAAUGGUCUUGCAAGAUUGAAAAAUUCAGGUCUUAAUGGAAAGAAGGAUGAAGGAGUUGACGAUUUUGAAUUGCAGUGUCAUUUGCAAUCAUCCAAGCCUGAGUUGAUCUCAUAUGAGAAUUCCGGUGGAGUAGAUAAUGUGGGAAUUCCUAUUAGGACCAAGAAGCUUGAAGGAUUGGAUAAUUGUGACCUAAAUCAGGAAGAUAUUUACGGAACCAAGUCACUGAGUGAAAGAUAUUAUUGCAACUAUAGGGACAAAGGAUUGGAAUUGACAUGUGUUAUGCCUUUGAGUAAUUGCUUGGAGGAUGUGGAUUCAAAUAAUGAACUGAUUUUAGGAUCACCAAAAGUAGAAUGUGUCAACCAGAAGAUAUCAAGAAAGAAAUCCCAAUAUAAAAAUCAAGUCAAAUCAUCUGGUAUGAUGGGUGAUGUUCUGAGUCGUCUAAGUAGUCCCUGUCUAUCAGUAAGUGAUGCUUUAUCAAGCCAUAGCAUAUCAUUUCUUGCAAACGAAGAGCCUGAUUUCACGGUUCAGAAUGACCGUGGAUGUGGGAUAAGCUGCUGCUGGACUAGAACCCCUAGGUUCCGAGAAUCGUAUCCAUAUUCUGAUGCAGAAGGUCACCCCUUGUUGUUCAAGGAUGUUGCUGAGACAACAUCUCAUGGGCAGAGGAACUGGAAGCUCAUUACCAGUGAAAGUCCUAGGAGUUUCAAUCAGAAGUUCAGGCCAAAAUCUUUUGAUGAAUUGGUGGGACAAAAUGUGGUAGCAAGGUCUCUUUUGAGUGCUAUUUCAAAAGGAAGGGUAACCUCUUUUUAUAUAUUCCAUGGUCCCCGUGGCACAGGCAAAACCUCUGCUGCAAGAAUCUUUGCUGCUGCGUUAAAUUGCCUCUCACUAGAGGAGUAUAAACCGUGUGGUCUUUGCCGAGAAUGUGUUACUUUCUUUUCUGGAAGGAGUAGGGAUGUCAAAGAAGUGGAUUCAGUAAGAAUUAAUCGAACAGAGAGGAUUAGAUCCCUUAUUAAGAGUGCAUCAAUUCCUCCAAUUUCAUCGCAUUUCAAAGUCUUCAUUGUUGAUGAAUGUCAUUUGUUACAUGGAGAGACUUGGGGAACUGUUCUGAACAGCCUAGAGAACCUUCCUCAACAUGCCGUCUUUGUGAUGAUCACACCUGAUUUGGAUAAACUGCCAAGAAGUGCAAUAACUCGGUCUCAAAGAUAUCAUUUUCCAAAGAUAAAAGAUGCUGAUAUAGCCACUAGAUUGGGAAAUAUUUGUGUUGAAGAGGGUAUUCACUUUGAUCAGGUUGCUUUGGACUUCAUUGCUGCUAAAUCAAACGGCUCAGUUAGAGAUGCGGAAAUGAUGCUUGAUCAACUGAGUUUGCUUGGUAAAAGAAUCACAAUGUCCUUGGCCUACGAGCUUAUUGGAGUUGUUUCUGAGGAUGAAUUGCUUGAUUUGCUGGAUCUUGCAUUGUCAUCUGACACUUCAAAUACCGUUAUAAGGGCUAGGGAGUUAAUGAGGUCCAGGAUAGAUCCCAUGCAACUUGUAACACAGCUGGCAAAUCUCAUAAUGGACAUACUUGCUGGUAAAUGCCAAGGAGACGGUUCUGAAGUUAGAAGAAAAUUUUCAAGGAGGCAUGCAUCUGAGGUGGAUAUGCAGAGGCUGAGUCGUGCUUUGAAAAUACUUUCUGAAACUGAGAAACAAUUGAGGAUGUCCAAAAAUCAAAGCACAUGGCUCACUGUAGCUCUUUUACAGUUGAGCUCUUUAGAAUCUCCUUCCCUGGAUGCAAAUGAUCAAAAGCCUACUUUGAGAAAUGUGCGGGACAGAGAUGUCGAUUUUUGCAGUACCUCAUCCACAGGGGAGAGCUUGAAAGUUCUUUUCCCUUGUUCGUGUGAAGACAGCAAGUCACAUAAAUUAAUGAUGCAGGCAGAUUGUAAAGCAACAUUGGAAUCCAUUUGGAAGAAAGCUACAGAAUUGUGCGAAUCGAAUUCACUCAGGAAUUUUCUGAGGAAACAAGGGAAAUUGUCUUCUCUUUGUGUUAAUCAAGAUCUGGCUGUUGCUGAAUUGGAGUUUCACCAUCCUGACUAUGCGUCCAAGGCUGAGAAGUCAUGGAAAAUGAUAGCAAGUUCACUGCAAUCAAUUUUGGGUCGAAAUGUGGAAAUCCGAAUUAAUCUAGUACUCUGUGCUCAUGAGUCAAAGUGCACAAAACUGAGGAAACUAUCUUUUAGGUUGUUUAGUUGUUCCCGCAGAAUGUAUCAGAAGUCACAAUUGCCUAUGGAAUGCAGAAGUGAUUCAGAUAUAUCUGAAAAGCCUAUCAUAAGUGGGACAGCUUUUUUAACUUGUCCUUCUAAUUGUGGAUCUCAAAUGCUGCAUGACAGCUAUCCCAGAAUGGAAGUGGUAAGAGCUUUGAGAAAUAGUGAAGGGAAUGUCCUGAGCAUGGGGACAACCUCUUCCGAUAGAUCAUUGCAAGAUAAUGCAUCAAAAACCCCUGCGUAUGGAAUUGAUUCUUCAAAAGAAGAGGGAAGCAGCCUUGAAUAUGAGAUUUCCUCUAGUCAGGAGACUGAAGACCAGCCAAACUGUUUUCCUAGAAGUCUGAGGUUCCAGAAGAGGUUACAUUCUUCUGAGACUUCUCGAGUUAUUUGGAUGGGUAACCAACAAGAGGACAAGCUUGCACUAUCUAUUCCUGGGAAGCAAACCUUCAAAACGUGCAACAGCACCAAUGGUUCUUAUAUAUUCAGCAGCAAAGAUUAUACCAACAACUCUGAGAGUGAGGAUGGGCUGAAGAACUCUGUGACUCUUUGUUGGAGAACCCCCACGUUUCCCGUUAAGGCUUGGCAGUUGACGCAUCAGCAAAGAAGAUUUCCAUUAGUUGGGUGGGUUCUUCCCUGUGCCUCUGCGAAAUAGUUCUCCUCUGCUAGGGAAGGAUAUCAGGAAUCUUGUGUUCACUGCAUGGGAGUGUCAAAGGCGCUCAUAUAUUUUUUGUUUGUAUAUAUGAAAAUCUUGCAGAAUUUUGUGCUAUUUAAUGUUCCAUUAGAGCUUACAAUGGACAAUAUGCUGUAUCUUAUUAGGGGCAAAUUGGGCAAUUUCUGUGCCAUAAUUCAUUUCAGUUUCAGUAAGUA